AGUGCCUCGCUCUCCCAGACAGCCAGAGGGAUGGAUGAGAGGAACAGACUCUCCUCCAGGAGGUGUGCGCUGCUUUUCCUGGGCUAUUUCAUGUACCUCCUGAUAGGAGCUGUAGUCUUCCAGGCGUUGGAGUUGAAGGAAGAGCAUAAACUUAAAACCAAGAUCUGGAAAGAGAAACUGCAAUUCCUGGAGAACUGCAGCUGCCUUAGUCGCGAAGUACUGGAGACUUUUAUGGAAGCAGUAACUGAAGCUGUAAAGCAUGGAGUGAAUCCUAUUGGAAACGAUUCCAAAUCUUCCCACAGUAAUUGGGAUAUUAGCAGCUCUUUCUUUUUUGCAGCUGCAGUGGUGUCAACAAUAGAAGGAGCCAUAAAAUGUCAGCUGCUCAAACAGCCAGAACAGCUGCAGCAAUCUGAUCGAGCACUAGCUGCAGACCAGCUUGCUGAGGUGCAGAAAAAUUGUCAGUAUAAGGUCUGUGUGAGCUCUUCAAUGCACUUCAAGCAGGUAGAUUCAGUGAGGAGACUGAGAAAUGGGGAAGUCAGCUUCAGGUUCCUUGCAGCCAUCUUCAGGCAGGAGGUGUGCAAACGACACCCAAAGGUUGUUGUUGAGCUCCACCCUUGCAGUAAACUCAUUAUAUCUAUGCCAACAGGUGUCAAUCCCCACAUAAAGUACAUAAAAUUUUACCGGGCAGCAAUGGCAAUCUGGAUCCUCUUUGGCAUGGCAUGGUUGGCACUUCUUUUUAACUUACUGACCACCUUCAUGGAAGACACUGAAAAGAAAAUUGCACAAAUUAAGAAUAAGAAAAAAGAAGCAAAGGCAAAAAUGAACUUUAGGUAUGAUGCAAAUGCAAACUCGAGCUCAGCAGAUGAUUCCAUAUUGUCGGAUUCAGAGACAGGUGUGCAGGAAGGGGCCCAGAACUCUUCUGAUCAGGAAGCAUUUUUACAAGUUGAAUCGAAAACAAUGGCUUCAGAUCCUUCUCAACAGGAAACAACGUCUGAGCCAGAAUCUUUGAAUACACAGAGUAUAAACCAAGAAAUAACAUAGACUAAUAUUUGUCCAAUUAUUCCAAACUGAGGAGGCCAUGUGUUCCUGGUUAGAAAAUAUCUAAAAUCACUGAUCAACAUUGAUGAGCAACAUUUAAAGCAAGAAUGGGGUAAAAAUUUGAAUUCACUGACAGGGUGAUAAACUGGUGGAAUUAAUUGUCUUCCUAUUAUAGAACCUUGUCCAGUUAUGAUUCCCUCAGACAUCAGCAUAUCUGCUGCCUCAGCAACGUGUCAGGAACAAAAUUAUGACUAAAUGUAUUAGGCUUAGAGGGACUCAUUAAAAAUUCAGCAGGAUGCAAAUUUCUUUCUGCCACCUUUUGGCCCUGAAAUGGUGCUGUUCACAGAGCUUUAGUUCAAGCCUCAUUAAUAUUUUUGGGCAUGCUUUGGUCUCCACAGGUUGCCCACUAUUUUAAGAAGAUAAAUUUCAGUUUGUGGGGCCAGGGAUAGGGAAGAUAAAAUUCAGAGCUAUUGUGGAGUCAGGGAACACACUUGCUGUUUUUGGCUCUGCAGAAAUUUCUUUCAUCAAAAUUUUUAAAAUUUACUAACCAUCAGAGAAUUCUGAGUGACUUCAAAUCUAUCCACGUAAAAGCAUAGUAUUGAAUAGUAUCUUCAGGUUUUUCCUUGCUUCAGAAGGUAUUGGGAGGUUUGCAAACGCAUUUGAAAUGCUGAGGUUUGUGUCAGUAGUGGCUGGAAACAGAUCUUAAAGAAAUAUUAAAUCAUAUUUAAGUAUGUUUAAAAUAUACCACAGGUGAAUUUCCAUUCAUUCAACAUAAAGCCACGUGUACAGAUUUACAGAGUUCACAUUGCAAUUAUGAGGCUAUUGUGCCAUGCCUUCAGAACUUACCAUUUGAAUUAUGCUAAUUGUAAGCUAUGAUACAGAUGAUAAUACAAUAGUUAUUCAAUUGUUUACGUGUGAUUCAGUAUUUCAUGUUCAUGUUACAAUAAGAGAGUCAUUGAUUCAAUAUGAUUCAUGCAUUAUUAUAGUGUCAUUCAUACACCAUUUCAAUAUACUGUUAAAACAUUCAUUCACAGUGAAAUAUUAC